CACCGUGGAGAUGGUGUUUGCCAGGCUCCCACUGCAGUGUGCCUGCCAGAGGCACAUGGGCAAUGUGGCCAAGGUUCUUCUUGUUGCCACUGUCAGUCACCCUGAGUGGCAGCUUUGGUGACAGCUGGGCUGUUUCCCAGGCCUGCGGCUGCCCCUUGGACUGGGAAGGACUCCUGUUGCGCUGGGCUGGGAGCUGGCACGGAGGAUCUAUAUUCUGUACUGCUUCAUGGCCAUGUGGCGCAGGUAAGCCCUGUACAUUCUGGGUGGGCUGGUGUUGCAGUUGAUUUCUCAACAAUGUUGCAGUGGGUUCGUUUCUGAGAGGAGCAGCGUGGUGGGGGCAAGAGGCGCGGAGUCAACACACAGACCCUGGGAGUUGGGUGAAGGCAGGCUUGAGGCUAGCUGCCCGCAGACUCGUUUAUUACAGUUGGUACAACAGCUUAUAUAGCCAAGACCAGCCAAUCUGGUCAAGGGGAGGUCUAUACCCCAACCAAUCACAGCCUGUUGCCAGGCAGUUUCCAGAGCCAUCCAAUCACAGCCUGUCACCAGGCAGUUUCCAGAGCCAUCCAAUCACAGCCCGUUGCCAGGCAGUUUCCAGAGCCAUCCAAUCACAGCCUGUCGCCAGGCAGUUUCAAAUCCAUCCAAUCACAGCCUGUUGCCAGGCAGUUUCCAAAGCCAGGUGGGUUUCAAAGCCAUUCCUGACUAACUGACGCUCGCUUGCCAGUGGCCACCUUCGCAUGGCUUUCUCAUUCCACUACAGGCUGGGCCUUGGGAACUUCUGAUGGGGCAGGGGAGUAUGUGGGGGUGGGACAGGGACCUUCUGGGGAGUUCUGGGCAGUGGGAGGGGCCUCCUGUGCUGUGAUAGGCUGAGUGGACCCAGGCUCUGCCUCUUGCACUGUGAUUGGCAGAGAGGACCCAGGUCCCGCCCCUGUCUCCCCUGGGCAGGGCUAUGAGUGCUGCUAAUGCUUCCAGAAUCCUCUGCAACUGCCAGAACGACAGGGCAGGUUCCUGAACCUGCGUGCUGAACCUCGGCGUGACUUCCUGGAGCAGGAGGAUUUUGUCCCCUUCCUGUAGGUGAGUGCCCCACUUCUCCCCCAGUGGGGUAUGCACGUGUCACACCUGUCAAUUGCACAUCCCUCAUACCUAUCAAGGGGUGGCGUCCACACCUCACAUCUGUCACACCUGUCACAGGUCACACAUCUGACAGUUGUCAUACCUUACACCUGUUAUAGGGGUCAUCCACACCUCACACCUGUCACACAUACUACAUACCUGUCACAGGGAGUCAUCUUCACCUCACACCUGUCACUCAUCCUCUGGGUCCCAGGACGUGGACUUGAACACUGGCCUUACCUUUCUCAAGGAGGAGCUGAGUUCCACUCCUGCUACAUCACCACCAUGAGUGCCCUAGACUCCUGACCCUACUGUGAUGCUCCCAACCCAACUUGUGACCCCUGAUCCCACCUGUAAUCAACCUGGGCACGAGUACACCUGUGCUGAUCAGAGUGCCCUGUGAGUGGCAGCUCCUCCUUUCCUUGUGCUGCCCCUUCUGGGAGCACCAGGGGAUGGAUCCCUUGGGAUGCCCCACCCACUGCUGCCCUAGAGGCAGAUGAGAGGACAUUCAGGUGAGCACAGAUAAGCAUGUCUGCCAGCCACUACCAGACCCAACCUUGCUGCCGCAGCCCCAAUGCCUCCAUUGCUUGUCCCAGCCCCAUCUUUGUUGCACAGGUCACCCAGUGGAUCUACGCAGUCAGCAGGUCCUGGUCUGGGCACAUCAGCUGCUCUGAGCUCAGGAGGAACUGCUUCCUGCAGUGUGCUUUCUGCGAACUUGAUGCUGAUCAGGAUCUGCUGGACAGCCAGGACCUGGCUUGGCACCACCACCACGGUCAGGGCCCCCUCUGGACCCUGCCCCCAGGAACACACCAUGCUGACACUAGCCACCAGCCUCACCCUUCACAGCUCACAGGCCUCACGUCUUCCUCCAAAUCCAUCUCCAACAAGAUGAUUAACAGGAUAUUCUCAAGAGCCAUCAUGUGCAUUGAGUACUGGUUCCGCUGCAUGGACCUGGAUGCUAUCUGCCUUUGAGCUGAAGUUCUACAAGGAACAGAGCUGCUGGCUGCACAGCCUGAGCAUCAGACCACUGCCCUUCCCUGACUGCCUCUGCAGAUGCUGGACCCCAUGCAGCCGUAGACCAGGGUAGAGGCCUUGCCUCUUCGCUCUCCUGGUCCUGCCUCUCCCCUCCUGGUUCCACCUGCUGCCCUUCCCCAGCUGCAUCUGCAGGAUGCUGGACCUUGUUAGGCUGAGGACCCAUGGUAGAGGCCUCACCCCUUCCCUUCCUAGCCUUGCCUUCUCCCCAUCUGCAGGGACCAGAUGGCCAGGAAGGCCGAGCUCUGCCUCUCAGGUCCCAGCUAUUUGCCCCCAGGUUCCGGAGGGCAUUGCCGGGGGAGGGGUCCUGCCAUUCCCUCAUCUCUGGUGUCAUGUGCCCCCACCUACACUUGGGUCUCCAUCCCGGCCCGCGGACCUCCAGCACCCCCUGCUGGCCGAUGCCUGCCUGCCUGCAUACACUCUGGUACUUGGUGGGGCUCACAAGGCCCUGAUAUCCAGGUCCCCUACCCCUCACCCCUGUCUACCUCUCUUGAUCUGCGCUUGACUGCCUGUGUCCACUCUGAUCCUCUGAGGCCUCUCUGAGUCCCCAUGUCAAUGUGUCCAUGGCCCUGGUGUCUGUCCAGUGUCUGUCCCCUUGUCCAUCCCGGUGCCUAUGCCCUCACUCUACCUCUGCAGGCCACAUUAUGUCGGAUGACGUGAAGCACUGCCAGCUACUAGCGCCCAUGUUCUUCGAUACUCUAUUCAACGUGGACAAGCACCUGGACCGUGAGCAGAAUGAGCAGGUGGACAUGACUGGGGUGAGGGCGCCCCAUUUAAUGCUGAGCACUACUGACUACUGACCACCACUGACACAGGGAGACAGGAACUUCCUGAGGAAAGUAGAGCUGUCCAUCUAUGGGAUAGUGGAAGUGAUGUCACAACAGAGGCGGGGACUUCCUAAGUGUAGCUGACCUGUUACUCUAACCCUGGUGUUUUUUAAACCCAUUUAAAGGCCAAUAAAUGGACAGCAGCCAGUUCUUAGGCUUCAAAAUCACUGAGUGGGGCUUUAAGGCCUGGAAGGGGUGUGUGUGGCCACAUGUCCAUCUAUGAGAAAUAGGAAGUGAGAUUGCAAGGGAGGUGAGAACUUCUUGAGGGAAAAAGCCCCCUUGACUGACAUCUGUCACCCAGCUGGCCCAGGAGAAGAGGUUGUUGGAGCAGUUGGCUCCUGCAGUCUGUAAGUGGAAAUUUCCGGCUCUGCCUGCAAUGUCACUCAGCCUUAGUCGUCCGCUGGAUACCCAUGGUUCCCUGGAAAGAGGGGGGGAGACAAUGACUUUUCCUAGGGACAACAGGUCUUAUGGUUCUGACCCAGGAGCCCUUCGACACCCCUACCCGCUGCAGACAUGAUGGCAGAAGAAACUUCCUCAUUGCUUUUAUAAAUCUAAUGAUCAAUGCUGCUGAACACUGACCACUGCUGUCCACUAACCAGUGACCUAUUCUGACCACUUGCCAAUGGCCCCUACUUGACCAGUGACUGCUGGUGACCAACCACUACUGACCAAUGACUCUGCUGACUGCUACAGACCGCUGAUGACCUAUGCGCCUCCUGCAGGAUGGUGAAAACCCUGAGCUGUCAGACUGGAACCGUUUUUUUUUUUUUUUUUUUUUUUAAAUAUUUAUUUUUAUUUAUUUGAAAGAGUUACAGAGAGAGGUAGAGCCAGAAAAAGAGGUCACUCCCCAAUUGGCUGCAAUGGCCAGAGCUGUGGUGAUCUGAAGCCAGGAGCCAGGAGCUUCUUCCGGGUCUCCCCGGGACUUGGGCCAUCUUCCACUGCUUUCCCAGGCCAUAGCAGAGAGCUGGAUCAGAAGUGGAGCAGCCAGGACUGGGACUGGCACCUUAGAAGAUGCUGGUGCUGCAGGCUGGGGCUUUAACCCACUGUGCCACAGUGCUGGCCUUGGAACCAUUUUGUAGCCAUGGAGUACAAGCUGCUGGUGGUUGAGAUGGUGGCAGCCAGCAAUGGGAGGAUGGGUCAGUGCUGGACGCUCCAGGAAUGGAGAGAGAGGUGUAUGACUGGGGUAGGGGCCCCAGGUGAUGUCAGCACUUACAUGUCAUGUCCCCAUCCCACUGUCACUCAGGGAGUGCCUUGGCAGAGCUGGGGAGGUGAGGCCAAUGAGAGGGGUGGGGCUGGAGUAAAGGGCUGUAGCUGUAACUUACA